AUGAAUUCAGCACAAUUCCUGCUGCGGAGCCUACGGGCGAGCAGCCUGCCCAAGCACGUCCCCCGACGCUGCGCCGCGCUGCCUAAAGCACCGCUUCGAAGGCCAUUCUCGACGACGAGGCCGCGAGCCGACAAGCCACAGCCCGUCGACGACCCGAACUUCGUCUCCAUCCUCGAUGCGCCGCCCAAGAUUGUCCGCGCCGGGCGGCGCCACGGCCCGGGCCUCAUCCUCCUCGCCCUUAUCCCCAUAACUGCCUUCGCCCUCGGGACGUGGCAGGUCCAGCGCCUCGGCUGGAAGAACGACCUCAUCGCCAAGUUUGAGGACCGCCUCGUCCGCGACCCGUUGCCCCUGCCGCCGACUGUUGACCCGGAGGCGAUCCACGACUUCGACUACCGCCGCGUGCUCGCCACGGGCCGCUUUCGGCACGACCAGGAGAUGCUCAUCGGCCCGCGCAUGCGCGACGGAAAGGACGGGUACAUGGUCGUGACGCCGCUGGAGCGCGACAAUGGCUCCACGAUCCUCGUCAACCGGGGGUGGAUCGCUAAGGACCGCCGAGAUCAGCGGACGCGCCCGGACUCGCUGCCCCGGGGCGAGGUCACCGUCGAGGGUCUGCUGCGAGAGCCCUGGAAGAAGAACAUGUUUACGCCGGAAAAUAGGCCCGAAAAGGGCCAGUUCUAUUUCCCAGACGUGCAGCAGAUGGCUGCUCUGACGGGCAGCCAGCCCGUCUGGGUAGAGGCCACUAUGGAACCCGAGUUCAUGCGGAUGAUGGACUAUGAGGCCCGCGGCAUUCCCUUUGGCCGCCCCGCCGAAGUCAAUUUGAGAAACAACCAUGCUCAGUACAUCUUUACAUGGUACGGCUUAUGCUUGGCCACAACAAUCAUGCUGUACAUGGUCGUGAAGAAGCCGGCCAAUAGUGUGGCUCGCCGCGUCCAGGUCACCAAAAAUCUGUAG